UUACCUGGGGUUACUCGCUGACAUAUAUCCAAUACAUAUAUGAGUGUUUUAACGUAUUAAUAUUUUUUGACCGGUUAUUUGUAUUUUCCAUAAGUUGUGUGUUAGAACAAUGAUUAUGAGACAAGUGAAUUAAUAGUUACGCAGAUACGGAGUAGAGGCGAUCUUUAAGAAGCAUUUGAAAGCAUUUUGUGUUACAAAUACAGAUGUCGUAGUGCCAAACAUGUUAAAAACAGUAAUUGGAAUGAUCGUUUUAUCAAAUGUGCAUUCAGCAUAUGGAACAAAUUCAUGCAACACUUACGUUUGUUUCAACUGGAGAGUAACUUUGAAUGAACUUAAGCUGACGUGUAAAGUAAACCAUUUGCAUUUUAAAGUAUGGAUUGAUAACCAGUUUGGCAGUGUACAAGCUUAUUGCAUACCGCCAGCACCAUCUAGUAAAUGUGAGCCAUAUUACAAAAACGGAACUAUAUCGCAAAAUCCAAAAACUAAUGAAACUACAUUUACAGUACAUGGAAAUAUUGACUAUCAUAUGAAUGGGAACUGGACCUGUCGUCAUGGUCGCCAACGGGAUGUCGCUCAGGUAGAGGUGACGGUUUUAAGACUACAAGAUAAUUACAACAUCUCCAAGUUACCAAACAACACAAACCAAAAAGGACCUAUUCGUCAAGAUACUAACUGCAUCACGAAUGUAUUACUGAAAGCAACACUCAGUUAUCUUGGAUCCACCAUUUUGGUUUUAUUUUUGCUAUCAUUUGUCAAGACAAGUUUUACGAAAAUAGAAGAAUUGUGCGAAAGGAUGUCUGAAUGUGCAUGCAAGAACAGCAAUAAAGCAACAAAGAUAUUAGUUUGUAAAAGAACAACAUUUGCUUUAUCAACAAUUUUUUUUGUGGCAGUUGCAAUACUUUUUGGGUUUUUUGACGACAGUAACUGCUAUUCACAAUGGGCAUUUAUUCCUAUCGGACUAGUGUUCGGUUGUAUUACUUCAAUAGUGUGUUUGUCAAAUGUGGAUCCAAAUGUCAAUCAAAAUCCAGGAAUACAAAACGUAUCAGAUCAAGAUGGAAUGCAGUGUGGAGAAAAUGUUCUUCUAAACGAAAUUUGAGAGUGAAAUCCUCACACAAAAAUGAAUAGGUAAAGAUGUAAUUGAUCGACAGAACCUGUAUGACGAUAACCCCUGGUCUAAGGAGAAAAUGGAAAAGCACUGAAACUGGUAUUCAAGAAAGUAAAAGAAUAGAAAAAGGAAAAGAAAUAUGAACAACAAGAAUAAUUGGUCAUUUUAUUAAAACGGGGACCAACCAAAAACAUAGCUUUGUUGUCUAUUAAAACCGUUUAAAGGGAUACUUCACAAAAAAAUGAAAAAUUGAUAUUAUGUUGAUUAUGUAUAAAAAACCACAAAUUCAUAAAUAUUAAAGUUUAAUUCUGCUAGA